CUGACAGAUCAGGGCGACGGCGGAGCGGCACUGCUGGGGAUCCUUGUGCGCCCUCCGUGCUGGAGAGCACACACACACACACACACACACACACACACACACACACACCCGUGCGUGCCAGUGUGUGUCCGGUGUUCCAGCAAAAGUGCCGCUUCGCAGCGGGACGCGGGGGCGUACGGGGAGCCUCGGAUGCGCUUUGCAGAACUUCUCGCCUCGGUGUCGACCAGACGCGCGGCUCUGCGUGUGUGUGGGUGCGUGUGUGUGUGUGCGAGUGUCUGCGCACUCUGCGUGCGCCCUUUGCGCCGUGUGCCCGCGCUGCCCGCGGCACUGUGCGAUGGCGGAGAAGCGGCGGCCGCCGUGCGCGCUCAGCGUGAAGGCGCACGCGUUCUCGGUGGAGGCGCUCAUCGGCGCCGAGAAGAGGAGGAAGAUGGAGGAGCGCGGCGAAGGGCAGCGCGAGAAGGACGGCGAGGGCUUCGAGGAGGAGCACGAGGGCUCGCACCCCGAUGACAGUCCGCAGCAGCGCCACGAGGGCAGCCGCGAGACGGACGCGGAGACCGAGGCCGGGCGCGCGACGGACGUCUCCACGGCCGACUGUGACUGUGACGUGUCCCUGGAAAGCCCCCGGCGCGCGCUUCCCGCUCCGGCGCAGGCCGGCGCGAGCCUGGCCGCGGAGGAGACGCGCGUGGACCUGCAGGGGUCGGACCUGUGGAAACGCUUCCACGAGAUCGGCACGGAGAUGAUCAUCACCAAAGCAGGGAGGCGCAUGUUCCCCGCCAUGCGUGUCAAGGUGUCGGGUUUGGACCCCCACCUGCAGUACUACGUGGCCAUGGACAUCAUCCCCGUGGACAAUAAACGAUACAGGUACGUGUACCACAGCUCCAAGUGGAUGGUGGCCGGCAACGCCGACUCCCCCGUGCCCCCCAGGGUCUACAUCCACCCGGACUCCCCUGCCUCUGGAGAGACCUGGAUGCGCCAGGUGGUCAGUUUCGACAAGCUGAAGCUCACCAACAACGAGCUGGACGACCAGGGCCAUAUCAUCCUGCAUUCGAUGCACAAGUACCAGCCGCGGGUUCACAUCAUCCGCAAGGAGUGCGCCGAAGAGCUGUCGUCCGUGAAGGCCGUGCCGGCGGGUGAAGGAGUGAAGACUUUCUCCUUCCCCGAAACCGUGUUCACCACGGUUACAGCAUACCAGAACCAGCAGAUUACGAGAUUGAAAAUAGACAGAAAUCCAUUUGCUAAAGGGUUUCGAGACUCUGGGCGGAACAGGAUGGGCUUGGAAGCCCUAGUGGAGUCGUACGCCUUCUGGAGACCCUCCCUUCGCACUUUGACAUUUGAAGAUAUUCCUGGAAUGGCAAAGCAAGGAGGGCCGGGAUCGCAUGGCCUCUUGUCGACCGGAGGGAGCGGGGCGUCGUCCGCUCACACCCACCUGCUCGCUCCCUCCUCUUGCUCGUCUCCCGCCUUCCACCUGGGAGGGGGCAUGAGUGCCGGCGAGUACACGGCCUGCAGCCGCUCGGGGCUCACGUUGUCCCGCUACGGCGGGCCGCUGGCCGACACCUACGGCCGCUUGGCCAGCCCAGGCGCCGAGCCGUACCCGGGUCCGCGAUCGGCCUCCUACGGCGCGGCGGGCAGCGAGGCGGACGGCUUCGGAAGCCCUCACGCCGGCCUGCCCCUCCAGAUCCCGGGUAUGCCAUCGCCGCAGCUCCAGUACAUCGCGGGAAACGCCUUCUCGGCCAAUCAGGGCCAGCAGGGAACCUACGGCGGCUUCCGGCUGCACGGCCCCUACGGCCUGUACGGAUACAACUUCCCGACGUCCCCGCGCCUCGCCGCCAGCCCGGAGAAGGUCUCCUCCCAGGGCUCGUUCCUUGGCUCCUCCCCCAGCGGCACCAUGACGGACAGGCAGAUGCUGUCGCCCGGGGAGGGCCUGCACGUGCUCGGCGGCGGACAGCAGAACCUGUUCGAUUCGCGGACUUUGGGCCUCGCCGGCUUGGCCAACGGCUCGUCCCAGAUGUCGGCACACAUGGUGUGAGCUCAACGCCCCGGACUGCCGUGACCCCGCCGGGCCCGCCGGAUCUCUGCGGAGAGUCCGGGAAGGACCCGAGCCGUGCCCCUUUUUU